GGGAAAAGUUACCUGAACGUUCAUGUAAAAAAGUCGUUUAAAAGAGAGAAGCACUUUUACUUGACUUUUUGUACCCCAGCAGAGUAGCAAGAUGGAGUCAUGGGUUAGGGUCCCCUCGUAAGUGCAGUUGACUGAGAAACCUGCAGAAAGGGAUUGGAACGAUUUUGUUCGCUCCUUCGUUUCGCAUGGUGAAGUGAGAGCAAUGUUGCAUGUUGUGUGCACUCGUUUGUAGUGCGAAGUAGGGGAACUGCGCAGGUGUAGCUUUGCACACGCGACAGUCCUGCUUUGAAAUAGCAACGGUUUUUUGGCGUGUAUAUCUCCAGUGGAGGAGGUGGAAAGGCGUAACCAACAGGAUAUGACAAAAAAAAAAGAAGAGUAAAUAUACAGCCUCUUCAAAGAGCAUUCCUUUUUUUUUAAGUUACCCAUUUGGCGCAUCGUAGCGAGAUGCUCAAGUGAAAGCACAUAUGUAGAGGUAAACCGUUGGAAUUUUUCGUUCCCCUCAUUCUGUCCCAUAUUGAAUUACCCCCUUUUGAGAGUUUCCAUUAGAAGAGCGAGAUGAACACACCAGGUGUGGACGUGCGCAAUGGCAAGGCCGUCCAAGGGGACAUAUGCAGCAAUAGGUAUUCCCUAAUAUCUAAGCAGACCCUCAACCAGAAGGAAAACACCCUAUGGAACAUCCUGAACUACGGGCGUGUCCCAAAUGAGGGCCUAAACGAAAUAACCAUCAUGAGCAUUUUGCACCAGAUAUCUUCUCAAAAUUUGUGCAACAGCGAGAAGAACGUCAAAAUCGGGGAGCGGGAGAAUCGCAUAUACAGCGCGCUCGUGCGGAACAAGUACAUCGGGUUCGGGCACGGCAUCGGCAGAUCGGGGAACCUCGACGACGUGCAGCCGAAGAGCGCGGGGAACAGCGUGCUGGCGAAGGCCACCACGAGCUUUGUAAAGGACCUGAUCAAAAGCUUUGGAAUAAAAGGCUGCGAAGAUGUGUACAUACUGCCAUACGCUACGGGCAUGUGUCUAAGUACUUGCAUUUUGUAUACAAAAAAGGAAAGAGAAAAAAGUGAAUAUGUAAUAGUGUCCAGAAUAGACCACAAGACCUGCUACAAGUGCAUCGAUUUUUGUGCCUUAAAAUAUUUAGUAGUGGACAUGGUAUAUAGGGACGAAGAAUUACAUACAAAUCUGAGCGAAAUAGAAAAACUUAUACAAACAUAUGGUGAAAAGAUCUGUUGUGUAAUGUCAGUCACUUCAAGUUAUGCCCCCAGAAACUCAGAUGAUAUUGUCAAAAUAGGGCAUAUGUGUAGAAGGUAUAAUAUACCUCAUAUUAUUAAUAAUGCCUUCGGGUUACAAUGCAAUUAUUUAUGCAAAGAGAUACAAAAAUGUUUUGAGACAAAGGGUAGAGUAGACUUCGUAGUCCAAAGUUGUGAUAAGAAUUUUCUCGUCCCAGUUAAUGGAGGAAUUGUUUUCAGCUCCGAUAAGAAGAAGAUGAAAGAAUUGAAGAAGCACUACCCUGGUAGAACCCCUGUGCAUGCAUAUUUAGAUCUAUUCAUCACAUUACUAGAAUUAGGGAAAAGGAAAAUUCUAAACCUAAGAAAAGAAAGGGAGGAAAACUUCGCCUGGUUAAAAAAUAAAGUUUCUACUCUAUGCUCCAAGUACAAUUUAAGUUUAAUCAAAGCUAGCAAAAAUAAAAUAUCCAUGGCGAUUAAUUUGAAUGAGCUUUACAAAAUUUACCAUGUCGAAAACCCUAGGAGUAUUACCCUGCUGGGAUCGUUACUCUUUUAUAGAAAUGUCACUGGGCAUAGGGUCAUAUGCUCCCCGCUGUUGAUACGAAACGGGGGGGUAGAUCCCAAUGGGGUUGACACUACUGAGCAGGGUGAACCCAAACCCAAUGGGGUGUCUUUCCCUAAUCCUAGAAAUAGCAGCGAAGAUGCGCGUCCAACUCAUUCGCCUAACAACUCCAAUCAGGGGGGUGUAAAGGAGACGUCCCAAACACAUCUGGUGAAAAACGAAAAUGCUACCCAUGCGGCGAUCCUGGGGAAGGGCCUAACCAUUGGGAACCACACAUUUGAGCACUUUGGGUGCAGCUACGAUUUGUACCCCUUUUCGUACAUUGCCUUCUCCUGCGUCAUUGGCAUUGAACGGGAGGAGCUGCAAAGCUUCGUGGAGAAGUUGGACGACGCGAUUGGCUGCUUCAUCCGCAGGUUUGGGCGGCGCGCCAGCCCAGUGGAGCGCUCAUAUGCGCCAUUGUGA